UUCCUAUAAAAGAUUGUCUCGAAACUGGGGUAGUUAUCAGUUCGAGUUUUGACAUCGUCUGAAGAUGAAGUCGAUAGUGAUCUUGAUAACCCUUGCGUUAGCACCAGGGCUGCAAUCGCGGUCUCUGAUCCGACCACAACCUAGCCCGGCAGUACCUAUACCUAUCCCCAUUCCUGAAAUCGAUGUCGACCCAGUACCGAUCGUGCCCGGUGUCAAACCCGUGCCGAUUCCUGAAAUCGAAACUCCAGGACUUGAGGUUGAUCCCGUUCCUAUCGUACCAGGUGUAAAGCCGGUACCAAUUCCCGAAAUUGAAACUCCGGGAAUUGAAGUGGAUCCCGUUCCAGUCGCACCAGGCGUCAAACCCUUGCCCCUUCCAGUUCAACCGGGAGUGAAACCUCUGCCACUUCCAGUACCAGAGGUCGAACAGCCUGUACCAAUUGUGCCAGGUGUCAAGCCUGUACCAAUUCCCGAAAUCGAAACCCCAGGACUUGAAGUUGAUCCCGUCCCAAUUGUACCAGGCGUAAAACCAGUACCAAUUCCCGGAAUUGAAACCCCAGGACUUGAAGUAGAUCCCGUCCCAGUCGUACCAGGCGUCAAACCUUUGCCCCUUCCAGUUCAACCAGGAGUGAAACCUCUACCACUUCCAGUACCAGAGGUAGAACAGCCUGUACCCAUUGUGCCAGGUGUCAAGCCUGUGCCAAUUCCCGGAAUCGAAACCCCAGGACUUGAAGUUGAUCCCGUCCCAAUCGUACCAGGUGUAAAACCAGUACCAAUUCCCGGAAUUGAAACUCCAGGACUUGAAGUUGAUCCAGUCCCAGUCGUACCAGGAGUUAAACCUUUGCCACUUCCAGUCGUACCAGGAGUUAAACCUUUGCCACUUCCAGUUCAACCAGGAGUGAAACCUCUACCACUUCCAGUGCCAGAGGUAGAAGAGCCUGUACCCAUUGUUCCAGGUGUCAAGCCUGUACCAAUUCCCGGAAUCGAAACCCCAGGACUUGAAGUUGAUCCCGUCCCAAUCGUACCAGGUGUAAAACCAGUACCAAUUCCCGGAAUUGAAACUCCAGGACUUGAAGUAGAUCCCGUUCCAGUCGUACCAGGCGUCAAACCUUUGCCCCUUCCAGUUCAACCAGGAGUGAAACCUCUACCACUUCCAGUACCAGAGGUAGAACAGCCUGUACCCAUUGUGCCAGGUGUCAAGCCUGUGCCAAUUCCCGGAAUCGAAACCCCAGGACUUGAAGUUGAUCCCGUCCCAAUCGUACCAGGUGUAAAACCAGUACCAAUUCCCGGAAUUGAAACUCCAGGACUUGAAGUUGAUCCAGUCCCAGUCGUACCAGGAGUUAAACCUUUGCCACUUCCAGUCGUACCAGGAGUUAAACCUUUGCCACUUCCAGUCGUACCAGGAGUUAAACCUUUGCCACUUCCAGUUCAACCAGGUGUAAAACCUCUUCCACUCCCAAUACCAGAAGAAGAAGAAUCAGUUGUACCCAUCAUACCAGGUGUCAAGCCUGUACCAAUUCCCGGAAUCGAAACCCCAGGACUUGAAGUUAACCCCGUUCCAAUCGUACCAGGCGUGAAACCAGUACCAAUUCCCGGAAUUGACAUUCCCAUCAUUGAAGUUCCAGUUGUACCAGGAGUGAAACCCCUUCCACUCCCAGUUCAACCAGGAGUGAAACCCCUUCCACUUCCAGUGCCAGAGGUAGAACAACCUGUACCCAUUGUGCCAGGUGUCAAGCCUGUACCAAUUCCCGGAAUCGAAACCCCAGGAAUUGAAGUUGAUCCCGUUCCAAUCGUACCAGGUGUCAAACCUGUACCAAUUCCCGGAAUUGACAUUCCCAUCAUUGAAGUUCCAGUUGUACCAGGAGUGAAACCGUUGCCUCUUCCAGUUCAACCAGGAGUAAAACCUCUGCCACUUCCAGUGCCCGAGGUAGAAGAACCAGUUGUACCCAUUGUACCAGGUGUCAAGCCUGUACCAAUUCCCGGAAUCGAAACCCCAGGAAUUGAAGUUAAUCCAGUUCCAAUCGUACCAGGUGUCAAACCUGUACCAAUUCCCGGAAUUGAUAUUCCCAUCAUUGAAGUUCCAGUGGUACCAGGAGUGAAACCGUUGCCUCUUCCAGUUCAACCAGGAGUAAAACCUCUGCCACUUCCAGUGCCCGAGGUAGAAGAACCAGUUGUACCCAUUGUACCAGGUGUCAAGCCUGUACCAAUUCCCGGAAUCGAAACCCCGGGAAUUGAAGUUGAUCCCGUUCCAAUCGUACCAGGUGUCAAACCUGUACCAAUUCCCGGAAUUGAUAUUCCCAUCAUUGAAGUUCCAGUGGUACCAGGAGUGAAACCGUUGCCUCUUCCAGUUCAACCAGGAGUAAAACCUCUGCCACUUCCAGUGCCCGAGGUAGAAGAACCAGUUGUACCCAUUGUGCCAGGUGUCAAGCCUGUACCAAUUCCCGGAAUCGAAACCCCAGGUCUUGAAGUUAAUCCCGUCCCAAUCGUACCAGGUGUAAAACCUGUACCAAUUCCCGGAAUUGACAUUCCCAUCAUUGAAGUUCCAGUGGUACCAGGAGUGAAACCGCUGCCUCUUCCAGUUCAACCAGGAGUGAAACCUCUACCACUUCCAGUGCCAGAGGUAGAACAGCCUGUACCCAUUGUGCCAGGUGUCAAGCCUGUACCAAUUCCCGGAAUCGAAACCCCAGGACUUGAAGUUGAUCCCGUUCCAAUCGUACCAGGUGUCAAACCUGUACCAAUUCCCGGAAUCGAAACCCCAGAAUUUGACAUAGAUCCCGCACCAAUUCCCGGCAUUGAUUUCCCAAUCGUAGACCCUCCAGUUGUAGUACCAGGAGUGAAACCUCUGCCUCUUCCAGUCCAACCAGGAGUCAAACCUCUCCCACUUCCAGUACCAGAAGUAGAAGACAAACCAUCUAUUGGUGUUUUGCCAGCACCAGUAGGAGAAUGUGACAGCUACUUGGCAGCCAUAUUGACGAAACUUAACGGAUUUUAUUAGAUAUAGCAACAAUUAAAUGUUCAAAUUGUAGACUAGAAGCAAAUACAAAAAAAAAACAAGAUCCGUUCGAGUGUUUAGAUGAUGUGAAAGGAGAUGAGACACUCGGACCUACAAAACUGGAAAAUAGUUUUGGUGUACUAUAUUUUUGUAUAUAUGUAUGUCUCAAUCCAGUAUAACAAUUAAAUUAUUCUUGUAUAUAA